AUGAAUUUAAUAAAAUUAAUGAAAGUUUUUGGAUAUAUAAAUAUAAUCACAAAUUGUGUUCAAAGCUUUACAAAUAGAGCUGAUAAAAAAAGAUAUAAUGUUUUUGCAAAAAGUUUUAUAAAUACAAUAAAUACAAAUUUAUAUACAUUUAAAGCAGUCAUGAGUAAAACACCAGAAUGGAUACAUGAGAAGUCUCCUAAACACAGUAGUUAUGAUAUUAUAGAAAAGAGAUAUAAUGAGGAGUUUAAGAUGACUUAUACAGUAUAUCAACAUAAGAAGGCUAAAACACAAGUAAUAUCAUUAGGCACUAACGAUCCUUUAGAUGUAGAACAAGCUUUUGCUUUUUAUGUUAAAACGUUGACACAUUCAGGUAAAGGUAUACCUCAUAUUUUAGAACAUUCAGUAUUAUCAGGAUCUAAGAAUUAUAAUUACAAAAAUUCUAUUGGUUUAUUAGAAAAGGGUACGUUACAUACUCAUUUGAAUGCUUACACUUUUAAUGAUAGGACAGUAUAUAUGGCUGGUUCAAUGAAUAAUAAAGAUUUUUUUAAUAUUAUGGGUGUAUAUAUGGAUAGUGUUUUCCAGCCCAAUGUAUUAGAAAAUAAGUAUAUUUUUGAAACAGAAGGAUGGACAUAUGAAGUAGAAAAAUUAAAAGAUGAAGAAAAAGGUAAAGAUGAGAUACCACAAAUGAAAGAUUAUAAAGUAUCAUUUAAUGGUAUUGUAUAUAAUGAAAUGAAAGGUGCUUUAAGUAGUCCUUUAGAAGAUUUAUAUCAUGAAGAAAUGAAAUAUAUGUUUCCUGAUAAUGUGCAUUCUAAUAAUAGUGGUGGAGAUCCUAAAGAAAUUACUAAUUUAUCAUAUGAAGAAUUUAAAGAAUUUUAUUAUAAGAAUUAUAAUCCUAAAAAAGUUAAAGUAUUUUUCUUUAGUAAAAAUAAUCCUACUGAAUUAUUAAAUUUUGUAGAUCAAUAUUUAGGUCAGUUAGAUUAUAGUAAAUAUCGUGAUGAUGCAGUAGAAAAUGUAGAAUACCAAUCAUAUAAAAAAGGACCUUUUUAUAUUAAGAAAAAAUAUGGUGACCAUUCUGAGGAAAAAGAAAAUUUAGUAUCAGUAGCUUGGUUAUUAAACCCAAAAGUAAAUAAAAAUAACAGCAACCAUAAUAGUGGUAGUGAUAAUCAAAAUGGUGAGAAUAAUAGUUAUUCAAAUGGUAGUCAUAGUCUAGAUUUAAGUUUAGAAAAUCCAACAGAUUAUUUUGUCCUUUUAAUAAUAAAUAAUUUAUUAAUACAUACACCUGAGAGUGUUUUAUAUAAAGCAUUAACUGAUAGUGGAUUAGGUAAUAAUGUUAUAGAUAGAGGUUUAAAUGAUAGUUUAGUUCAAUAUAUUUUUAGUAUUGGUUUGAAAGGUAUUAAAAGAAAUAAUGAGAAAAUAAGAAACUUUGAUAAAGUACAUUAUGAAGUUGAAGAAGUAAUUAUGAAUGCUCUUAAAAAAGUUGUAAAAGAAGGUUUUAACAAAUCAGCUGUUGAAGCAUCUAUUAAUAAUAUAGAAUUUGUAUUAAAAGAAGCAAAUUUGAAAACUUCUAAAAGUAUAGAUUUCGUUUUUGAAAUGACAUCUAAAUUAAAUUAUAAUCGUGAUCCAUUAUUAAUAUUUGAAUUUGAAAAAUAUUUAAAUAUUGUAAAACACAAAAUUAAAAAUGAACCAAUGUAUUUAGAAAAAUUUGUAGAAAAACAUUUUAUUAAUAAUGAUCAUAGAUCAGUUAUUUUAUUAGAAGGUGAUGAACAUUAUGCACAAGAACAAGAAAAUUUAGAAAAAGAAGAAUUAAAAAAAAGAAUAGAAAAUUUUAAUGAAGAAGAAAAAGAACAUGUUAUUAAAAAUUUUGAAGAAUUAAGUAAAUAUAAAAAUGCAGAAGAAAGUCCUGAACAUUUAAAUAAAUUCCCAAUUAUAAGUAUAUCAGAUUUAAAUAAAAAAACUUUAGAAAUACCUGUGAAUGUAUAUUUUACAAAUAUUAAUCAAAAUAAUAAUAUAAUGGAAACAUAUAAUAAAUUAAAAACUAAUGAAUAUAUGUUAAAAGAUAAUAUGGAUGUAUUUUUAAAAAAAUAUGUAUUAAAAAAUAAUAAUACAUAUUAUAGUAAUAAUAAUACUAAAACACAAAAUGAAGGAAAUGUACCUAUAUUAGUUUAUGAGAUGCCAACAGCAGGAAUUGUAUAUUUACAAUUUGUCUUUUCAUUAGAUCAUUUAACAUUAGAAGAAUUAGCAUAUUUGAAUUUAUUCAAAACAUUAAUAUUGGAAAAUAAAACAAAUAAAAGAUCAUCUGAAGAAUUUGUUAUCUUAAGAGAAAAGAAUAUUGGAAGUAUGUCUGCUAAUGUUGCUUUAUAUUCAAAAGAUGAUCAUUUAAAUGUAACAGAUAAAUAUAAUGCACAAGCUUUAUUUAAUUUAGAAAUGCAUGUAUUAAGUCAUAAAUGUAAUGAUGCAUUAAAUAUAGCAUUAGAAGCAGUUAAAGAAUCCGAUUUUUCAAAUAAGAAAAAAGUUAUUGAUAUAUUGAAAAGAAAAAUUAAUGGUAUGAAAACAACAUUUAGUGAAAAGGGAUAUGCUAUAUUAAUGAAAUAUGUAAAGUCCCAUUUAAAUUCUAAACAUUAUGCACAUAAUAUUAUUUAUGGAUAUGAAAAUUAUUUAAAAUUACAAGAACAACUUGAAUUAGCAGAAAAUGAUUUUAAGACAUUAGAAAAUAUUUUGGUACGUAUAAGAAAUAAAAUAUUUAAUAAGCAAAAUUUAAUGGUAAGUGUAACAUCCGAUUAUGGAGCAUUAAAACAUUUAUUUGUUAAUUCUAAUGAAUCAUUCAAAAAUUUAGUAUCUUAUUUUGAAGAAAAUGAUAAAUAUAUAAAUGAUAUGGAAUCUAAUGUAAAUGAUAAAACAUUACUUGGAUGGAAUGAAGAAAUUAAAAGUAAGAAAUUAUUUGAUGAUGAAAAGGUAAAGAAAGAAUUUUUUGUAUUACCAACAUUUGUUAAUUCUGUAUCAAUGUCAGGAAUUUUAUUCAAACCAGGAGAAUAUCUAGAUCCAUCAUUUACUGUCAUUGUAGCAGCAUUAAAAAAUUCAUAUUUAUGGGAUACUGUUAGAGGAUUAAAUGGAGCUUAUGGUGUUUUUGCUGAUAUAGAAUAUGAUGGUAGUGUAGUCUUUUUAUCAGCUAGAGAUCCAAAUUUAGAAAAAACAUUAGCUACAUUUAGAGAAUCAGCUAAGGGAUUAAGAAAAAUGGCUGAUACAAUGACUGAAAAUGAUUUGUUAAGAUAUAUAAUUAAUACUAUAGGAUCCAUUGAUAAACCUAGAAGAGGUAUAGAAUUAAGUAAACUAUCUUUCUUAAGACUUAUAUCUAAUGAAAGUGAACAGGACAGAGUAGAAUUUAGAAAGAGAAUUAUGAACACAAAAAAAGAAGACUUUUAUAAAUUUGCAGACUUGUUAGAAAGUAAAAUUAAUGAAUUUGAAAAAAAUAUUGUUAUCAUUACUACAAAGGAAAAGGCAAAUGAAUAUAUUGCAAACGUAGAUCCAGAAUUUAAAAAAGUAUUAAUAGAAUAA